AUGAACGAAGAGACGGUUGCUGAAACCCUGAGGCCCCUCGCAGAGGGAACAAAGCAGCAUGAAGAAAGCCAUACAUCUGCUGCAGGACCUGGAGAGAAAAACCAGCCUGCAAAAAGUGCCGAGUCUGCAGAAAGACUCCCUGAGGAGGAUUACCUAGUAUCUGAAGAAAAAAGAGCAGAUCAAAGCGCAGACUCAGAUCAGCACUCCUCUGUUCCUCUGUCCGUGGAUGCGCCCGGCACCUCGGACCGGGCCGACGUGAAGAGCAGACCCGAGGGAACGACGCAGUCUGGCCCUGACCCGGAUUCAUCUUCCGACUCCUACACCCUCCUGACACCUUCCCUCGACGGGCCCCCAGUCUCACUGCUCGGCACAGAGACUCUUGGAGGUGCAGAGUUUUCACAGGCUCAAGAGGAGCUUCCACAAGAAGAAGAACUGCAUCUGCAAAAUAAGGAGGAGGCGCACCCGGAGGGAGAGGAGUCAGGAGUCGGUGAAGAAAGGACAGAGAACAAAGGGGAGAAGGUAGAGCUAGAGGAGAGGAGGAAAAAGUCUCUCCUGGAGCAGAUUGGAAGAAAAGAGGAGGAAGAGGAAGAAGUGGAAGAAGAAUUUCAGGUGCCGCAGCCAGAGAACGACGGCGUGUUCUCUCUUAACAAAUGCAUCCUGGCCGCUCUCAUUCUGUUGGGCCUCGGCACCGUCUUUUUCUCUGGUGUCUUCAUGGACUUCGACGAGGAGGGUGAUUAUACAACAAGGGAACUGAAGGAUGCAGAAACACCAGGAAAACAGGAGUGGCUUAAUCCCGACGUAUCUCCACAUUUGGACGCCAACAGCUCCGAGCUCCUGAGUAAGCUAGCUGAAGGGAACCAGCAGAUUUCUGCACUCCAAGCUCAACUUCAGGCACAGAAAGAGGAGCUAAAAGUAGCCAAGGAGCAGGCAGCGGAGGGAGUGAAGGAGCGGCUGCUUUGGGAGGAGGUGGAGAAGGAAAACAGUAGGUUGAAGACAGAGAUUGCAUCUCUCCCAGUCCUUCAGAAAGAGAACGACAAGAUGAAGAAGGAGCUGGAGUCUGUCCCGACCCUACAGAAAGAGCUAGAAACCCUGAGAUCCACUGUAGCACACUUAAAAGUCUCCCCAGCGUCCGGUCAAGCAAGGAUGAAGCCCUCUACAGUACCACCUAGUGGCCAAACAGAGGAUGGCAGGCAGGACGCAGCUGAAAAACAGUCCAGGAAGACGUGGGAACCCCAGAGGCAGAAGAAGGAUCCAAAAAGGGAUAAAUAUGAAAUGAAUGACAAGAAGCAGUGGAAGGAUAAAGAUAAGUCUGUAAGGAAGGAAGGAGAUGAAAAGGAGGUUAAAAAGGGAGAUAAAAAGGAGGGGAAGAAGGGAAAACAUGACCAUGGCAAGUUUGAGAGGAACAAGGGUGAGCCAGAUAAGCAAAAGAGGCAAAGUGAUGAGACAAAACAGUGGAAGGAGAAAGAGCUGAAGAAAGGGAAAGGUGAACGAGGAGAUGAGGGAAGGCCCUGGAAGAACAAGGAAGGUAGGAAAGAGUGGAAGGAAGAGAGCAAUUGGAAAAAGGGAAUCUUUGAGAAGGUGCACGAAGGUGAGGAAUGGACAGGGAAGAAGGAGAAAGAGUGGCGGGGAGGGAAGAAUCAGAAGCCAGACGGAGGAGAAGAGAUGGGGUGGAAGAAAGGGAAACAUGGAGCAAAGGAAAAGCAGGAAAGAAAAGAUGGGAGGCAGAAAGGAGAUAUGAAAGAUGCUGAGUGGAAGGAGAAAGCUGGCAAGGAUCACGGUCAGGAAGGCAAGGAAAAGGGUGAGAGAAAGCAGCGGGACAAUGUCAAAAGCCAGGGCAAAGAGAGGACGGCGAAGGAUGAGAGGAAACUGGGGAAUGAGUAUGAGAGGAAGAGCAAAAAUGGCAAACAAGAGAAGGAGCUGAAGGCGAAGGACGAGACCUCGGAGCAGUUUCUGAUCAAAGAGACGAAACUGAAAGAGAAAAGACACAAGGCAGACUGGGGAAAAGACCAGGCGCACUCACCGAAAACCAGAAACAACCAGAAGUCUCCAGGUCACCACGGCCACAAGGGGGAGCACCUGUAUGGAGAGCGAAAGCCCGACCACAGCCACUCUAAAUCCUCUGUGGGACAACCAGAGUACUGGCUCCAACAGAGGGAGCGCCUCCAACACGACUCCAGGCCGCCGCAGCAGUGCCACACGCUGGAGGCCUGCGCCCAGAACGAGGGGCUCCUCCCUGUGCCGCUGGCCGAGUUCCAAUCCCUCCUGCAAACGUACCUCGCCAGGGCGGAGGAGGCCGGGGUGGACGGAUCCAGAACGGCCGAGCUCAGAAAGCUCGCCUCGGAGUUCUUCAAGGAUGGGACUUUUGUGCACGACCAGAGGAGCUUCCAGGACUUCGCUGACGACCUGGCGGAUAUUUUGGAAGACUUGGUGGAGGGAGAGGACGGCGGAGAGAAAGACAGCGAUCUGGAGGACGAAAUGGAAGGCUUCGAGAAAGAAGCGCUGAAAAUGUUUUCACUGCCAGGAGGAGGAGAGAAGGAGAAGAGGAUGAAGGAAGGGAGGAAGGAGAGCAGACAGGAACGUGGCUGAUGAUGAACUGGACACGCUUUCUUUGUUGACUACAGUUACUUCAAUAUGUUCAUCAGGCCGUCGUCCUUAUUUGUGCCACUACCAUCCUUUUUAAUCCGUGUUGCUAAACUUUAGAGCAUUAUUCUGCCUCAUGCCUUCGCCGUUUUGCACUGGCUGAUGGGGAAAGCAGCAAUUUCCUAAUAAAGGCUCUCAGUGUGAUUUUUAAAUCUGGAGUUUGUCCGGCCCAUGGACAUGCUUUGAUCUAAAUCCCUGUAGCUCUGUCUGUGUUUAGGGUGGUCCCGCAUCUCCGCUCUCCGUUUUCUUCCAAGCAACUGACCAGCUUUUUUUUUUCUUUUCUUUUUUCCUUGCUGAACACGACAUCCCCACAGCAUGAUGCCGCCACCACCGUGUGGGUUCAUGGCGUCUCUCUGGUCUUCCGCCACGCACCCUCUGGAGGGUUACUUUUAAAAACCGCUUUCUUCUCGCAAAGGUUUUUUUUUUUAACAUGAAAAGCUGGGUCCAGAUUUUUUUGCGUUGAGCUACGGACACGUUAAGGAAACAUCCACGGGUGUUAAAAUGUUUCGUGACGCUGGAGUUUAAACCUGCUGGAACGGUUUGGAUGCUCUGAUCAUUUAGAGUAAAGCUUUUUAUUUAAACACAUCCUGUUCAUGCAGCUCUGCACUAUUAAUGUAAUGACUUAUUAAACCGUUUUUUUUGUUAAAGCUGGCUUCAAUGUGGAUUACUAGACGAAGAUGGUGAAUAAUUUAUGUUUCAGAAUUUGGCAUUGACCUUUUUGUUAUUGUUGUAUAUACUGCAGGCAACAUGUUUUAUUUAGGGACGUAUUUAAUUGUAUUGUUAAGCAGACAUUGUGUGGAAAAAAUACAUUUGUUGCACUUAAAGUACUUCUGUGGUACGUUUUCACGCCAUCUUCAUUUUCAAUAGGUUUAUGUGUUACAUUAAAAUCUGCGUUAUCAUUUGUAUGUUUACAGACUUGUUGAUUGUAGUUCCUUUGUCAUGCAGAGAAUUUGAGUUAAGAUGUUUCUUUUUGCUUCUGUUACAACAAUAAGAAAAUAAACUGAUAUCUUUUUUUUCGGGGUGAAA